CUUGCAGCGCGAUCCCGACGUCUCGCGGCGUGAGGGACGUUUUCGUAGUAGCGAAGCUCGGUCCACAGAGAUCGAAUGAUGUCCCCAGAUCGGACGUACGCUGGUCGCAUCCUUUCGCUCGCUCGGUCACUUACUUGCUCUCAAGAUGGGGGUGCGCUGUGUGCAUCGUCUCGUUCCUCUAGCUUUGAGCCUGCUGUUCGACUCGUUUCGCGCUCGUCGACUCAACACACAGGCAAGGCGCGCCGAGUGGCUUGCAUCUCUCAUCCAUCCCGCCGUUGCCGCCGCCGCUGCUGCCAAGCAGGAGGCACUGGAAGGCGGCGCGAGGCGGGCGGGGCGGGCAGACCAACACCACCUUGAAAUCACAGUCAAGCAGGCAGGCAAGCGGGCAGGGCCGAGCGAGCGGGCGGGCGAGAGAGAGAGCGAGAGAGAGAGAGAGAGAGAGAGCGGGCAAUGCUCGCAGGUGGUGCCAAUCCAUCAACGACGAGGCUUGACCUGGCUUCCAUUACUGCCAUCCCCACCGCCUUUUGUGACGACAUCACCAUCGUCUCACCAUCAGUGAUACCCUUUCCCACCCUUUUGCAGCCCGAGACCGCAACUCAAUAGACCGACGAUCCUCCUUCGUCCGUCUCAGGCUGGUUUCGCACCUCCCUUUGUCUUGCCAACGCCCACGCACAGCCUUAGCUCAACUCACGCGCACAACGCAACACAGGACUGCCCUUGCUUUGUCUCCUGCUCUUCUGC